UCUUUGCUCUGCACGAUGGGCUUUUACUUGCUCAGUACUGUCAUCUAUGGAAAUGCUGAAGCUGGUCCUAAGCCCACUGUGACCCUGCAGCCAUCCAGGACUCACAUAUACAGCGGUGAGACAGUCACUGUCAGAUGUGAGAUUCAGGGAGGUGAAGGAGCUCAGUGGACGUAUGAAUGGAGAGCAGAGAAGUUAAACACACGUCAAUCAUCCAAUGAAUACAGAAUCAUCAAAGUUACUGAGUCUGAUGGUGGAGAAUACAGGUGUCGGGGUAGAAGCAGCUCUUCCUGGACAGAGUGGAGUGAUAUCACCACAUUGACUAUAUUACAUAAACCAAAGGCUCAACUGAGAGCUGAUAGGACAGCUGUUCCAGCAGGGGGCAGUGUGAUCCUGACCUGCUCUGUGAGCGUGUCGUCAUCAUCAUCUGGAUGGAAAUACUACUGGUACAGAUAUGACAAGUAUUAUAAACUUGUGACCUUACGUGAUGGAGUGUUUCUAUCAAAUAGACAAAUCAGUGUCUCAGAGGGAGGACUCUACAGGUGCAGAGGAGGAAGAGGAGAACCAGUUUACUACACAGAGUACAGCGAGACAAUCAAGAUUGCUAAACCAAAGGCUGAACUGAGAGCUGAUAGCACAGCUGUUCCAGUAGGGGGAAGUGUGACCCUGACCUGCUCUGUGAGCCCAUCGUCAUCAUCAUCUGGAUGGAAAUACUACUGGUACAGAGAUGGGAAAUCUUAUCAGAUUCUGACAAAUGGACAAAUCAGUGUCUCAGAGGGAGGACUCUACUGGUGCAGAGGAGGAAGAGGAGAACCAGUUUACUACACAGAGUAUAGUAAGUCAGUUUGGAUUGACACAACUGUGUCAAACAGGUCUGUUGUGACUCUGCAUCCAAACUGGUCUGAGAUAUACAGAGGAGAGACGAUCACUGUCAGAUGUGAGAUCCAUGGAGGAGACACUGAGUGGGAUUAUGAGUGGGAAACAAACAACAUCAUAAAACCUCCAAAUCAAAAUGAAUACAGGAUUAGAUCUGCUUCAUCAUCCAACAGUGGAAACUAUCGCUGUAAGGGCAGAAUGAAAAGUUCACAGCAUAAAACAACAGAGUGGAGUGAUUCAGUCACACUGACAGUUUCUGACAAUAAACCCCGUCCUGUCCUCACUGUGUCUCCAUCAUGGCUGAGUCCUGGAGCCUCAGUAACUCUGAACUGUGAGGUUGAACAUCCGUCUGCAGGAUGGAGCUUCUACUGGUAUAAAGCUGUUCCUGAUCUAUCACAGAAAUCCUCCAGUUAUGAGCUGCUACCUGAUGGCAGUGGGACUGCACAGGACUCCUACAUCAUUCAUGGACAGACACACACAGCAGGAUAUGUGUGCAGAGCUGGAAGAGGAGACCCAGAGUAUCACACUGAUCACAGUCAACCAAAGUUUGUCUGGUCUGCAGAUGUUCAUUCAGCAGCGUCUCUCACAGUGAGUCCUGACAGAGUGCAACACUUCACCUCUGACUCUGUCUCACUGACCUGUGAGGGAAACUUCACUGUGGAGUGGAGAGUGAGGAAGUUCUCUGAGGACGGCCGACUCUCUGACUGUAGGAGAAUGACUGGAUCCACAUGUAACAUCUACACAUCAAAGUCAGAUACUGGAGUGUACUGGUGUGAGUCUGGAUCAGGAGAGUUCAGCAGUGCAGUCAACAUCACUGUACAGAAUUAUGAUGAUUAUGAUGAUGUUCCUAUCCUGGUGAGUCCUGUUCAUCCUGUGACUGAGGGAGCUUCUGUUAGUCUGAGCUGCAGUUUGAAAACACAAAAAAUACUUUCCAAUGUGUUUUUCUAUCACAAUGACAAACUUAUUCAAAAUGAUACCCGAGGGGAGCUGAACAUCUCUGCAGUGUCAAAGUCUGAUGAAGGUUUCUACAAGUGUCAGUACUCAGGAAGAGAGUCAGCACAGAGCUGGAUGUCAGUUAAAGUAACUGUGUCAGGAGCUGACAGCUCUUCAUCUCCUGUGUGGUUGAUGGUUGGACUGGUUUGUGGAGUCUCUCUCAUUAUUAUUCUCCUGCUCUUGUUGUAUCGCUGCAGACAGUCCAAGUAUUCCUGCUUCACCAGGUCGAUCCAGUCUGAGAGUCACAGUCCGGGCUCCUCCACAAAUCAUGGAGUCAACCAGGAUGAAACUCAUGUGUACGACUCUCUUCAACAUGGUACCAAUCACAUCUAUGAAUCAGUUACGCCGGUUGAAGACAACAGAAAUGGAUCAGAUGAGCAUCAAGAUGUCACAUACGCUCUUAUUGAACUUAAAAACUUUGAAAAGAAGCGGAAGCAUCAUAAACCAGAGCAGAGUGCUGUUUACUCUGAGGUGAAGACGGGAGCUGCAGAGGACAGUCUGAUGUAUGCUGAGGUCAAACGCCCCAAACAAGAAAAAGCCAAGAUAAAAGCAGGAAAAUCAAGUCCUGCAGCUGAUGCAGCAGUUUAUUCUGAAAUCACAUUAGGAAGCUUUCCUGGUCAGUGAAGAGAGCUGCAGCAGCAAAGCUAUGGGCUCAAAAUGUGGUCAUAAAUAUUUUGUACUUGUAAAUCAGUUUUAAGAUAAGAUAAGAUAAGAUAAACCUUUAUUAGUCCC